AUGUCAAAUACCACUUCGUCCAAACCUGGACACGCUCGACAUGAUACUGCACUGAUCCACGGCCUCUCAUCGACAGAGGUUCAGAGACUGUCAGAAUCUAGCACUGAGGCGAAGGCGAAGGCGUAUUGCCCAUACUCGCACUUUCGAGUCGGAUGUUCACUUCUCCUUGCGAACGGUGAUAUCGUCCAGGGAGCGAACGUGGAAAAUGCGGCGUAUCCUGUGGGCACCUGUGCUGAAAGAGUGACCAUUGCCACCGCAGUCUGCCAAGGAGCGAAGAAGGGCGACAUUCGAGCUAUUGCUGUCGCCACCGACAUCAGCCCUCCAGCCUCUCCGUGCGGAAUGUGCCGACAGUUCAUCCGAGAGUUUUGUGAGCUGAACAUGCCCAUCCUCAUGUACAACAAGGACGGCAAAUCAGUCGUCAUGACGCUUGAGCAGCUGCUGCCUAUGUCGUUCGGGCCUGAGAAGCUACUGACUACAGAGGACAUGUCCAACGGACUCGCGCAGUAG